ACAGGGAGGGGUGGGCAGUGCGGGGCACGGAACCGAGCAGCAGCAGUCAGCAGGCAGUGCUCAGCCAAACCCCUCACAUCCCCAUCCCCACCCAGGGCUCUGCCCCACCACUGCCAACCUGCUGGGGGUGGCACGCAGGAGGCAUGCAGGAGCCGUAGAUCUGUGCCUCUGCAGCACCAGCAGCCCGGAGACAGUGAGCAGCAAAACAGGGGAACCUAAUGGUCCCUGAAUGAAAUAAUACUUGGGCAGACAAGCACUGCGACAGCCCUAAUUAAUAACAGAUAUGAACGUGGCUGUCAACACGGGCUGGCGAGGAGCCAGCGGGGUCCAAGACUCACGCAGGUGGGGUAGGCACCUGUCCGCAUCCCCUGCCCCCACCCCGUGCCCCAUGGCUCCACUUGUGGCUGUUGGUCCCACAGGGUCCCCCACUCCUGGGGCAGAGACCAUGGCAGGAGCUGGCUCUGUCCUGCUGGGACCCAUUGCUGGGUUAGGUUUACCAAUUCAAAGUGCCCCCCUCCUUGAUUUUCAUAUCUGAAGUGAAAACCUCCCUGGUAAAGCCUUGGAGAAGGAAGCGAACAGAGCACUGAUGGGCAACAGUUCAAUCCCUGCCCUGCUGAGGGCUGAUCCAGGUUGUGGUGGCAGCAAGGAUGAGUGUGCAGUGCAGGGGGACAUAGGAGUGCUGCGGGAUGCUCCUGUUGCCAGCUCCAUGCCGGGGAUGCAGACAGGAGGGUUGGACAUGGGGAGCACAGCCAUAGAGCUGUUGGGGGCCUGCCCGCUGCUGGGGAGGUUCAGUGCUGGGGUGUUUGGGGAGCAGACAAAGAAUGGGACUUGUGGGUGCUAUGGGGGCAGUGCCUUGGCCCUGCUGCCCGCGCCGUCCUGCAGUACCGCCGUCCCGGCUGCGCUGGCAGCGCAUCUGGCUGGCGCGUCCCCGAGCAGCUGAGUCAGCACGGGAAGGCGAUGCGAGGCUGUGAAUGACUUGCAGAUAUGUGCGGGGCUGGUUGGCUGCAUGUGGUCCCCACCGUGCCCCCAGUGCAGGCCCUGCUCUCCCUGCAGGUGUGGACGCAAGGCAGGUGGGGGAUUGUGGCUAGCAGCACGGCCCCCUCCUUCCCUCCCCUCCCCAGCGUCCCUCCGCACCAUAAAUCGGCUGCACAUACAAUUAAGGAGCUUGUCUGCACGGUCUGAGCCACAGAUGUAUUUCAUGGGCGAGAGGUGGUUGUAAAGCAUCCGCAGGGGCUGCCAGUGCUGUGCUCGGCCACCUGCACGGAGUGCACGUGUGUGGGGGGGGAGUUUGCAGAGGGCUGUGGGCAGGAGAGACCCCCCCAUACCCCGUGGCAGCCCCAGCCCUGAGCAGCCCUCAGCACAGGUGCAGCUCACCUCGUCUGACCGGGGCAGCCAGGCCAGCUGCGUUACAGCAAAGGGGCUAAUCAAAUAUUUAGCAGUUAAUUGAUGCCUGCCUGCUGUUUGCCAAGGGGCAGCUGACAUCUCUGCCCUCCGGCCCUGCUGCCUCCUCCGUGGUGCCCUCCCGGCUGGGCUCCAAGCACGCAGGAUGCUGCCCCACUACCCGAUAAGCACAGCUUUCUCUGCAGUGGUUUGGUUGUUCUUUGCCCCGUGCUGCCCUCCAACCCGAGGGCUGCCCUGGCUUCCAUCACCACGAGGUGAUGCGUGGGGUCCCCUGCCCAUCCCCACCGCAGCACCGCCUUGGUCUCUGCCAUGCCGUGUGCUCCAGCCCGUUCUCCCGCUGCCUGAGCCCCAGCAAAAGGGGGGUAACCAGGACGCCACGGCUCCGCCUGACGCGAUGGCACAGCCCUACCCCCCGGCCCAGUAUCCCCCGCCCCCCCAGAACGGCAUCCCCGCAGAGUACGCGCCGCCGCACCCCCACCCCACGCAGGACUAUUCGGGGCAAAGCACAGUACCGGAGCACGCCAUGACCCUCUACACACCAGCACAGAGCCACGCCGAGCAGCCGGGCUCCGACGCCAGCACACAGUCCAUAGCAGGGACGCAGACAGUACCGCAGACAGACGAGGCGGCACAGACAGACAGCCAGCAGCUACAUUCCUCAGACAACACAGACAAGCAGCAGCCCAAGAGGUUACACGUCUCCAACAUCCCCUUCCGAUUCCGGGACCCCGACCUGCGGCAAAUGUUUGGGCAAUUUGGGAAGAUCCUCGAUGUGGAGAUCAUUUUCAAUGAACGGGGCUCCAAGGUGAACAACGCCACAGCCCGGGUGAUGACGAACAAGAAGACUGCAAACCCCUACACUAACGGCUGGAAGCUGAACCCAGUGGUGGGAGCUGUCUACGGCCCCGAGUUCUAUGCAGUAACGGGGUUCCCAUACCCUGCCACGGGGACAGCUGUGGCCUACCGAGGGGCACACCUACGGGGACGAGGACGCGCCGUCUACAACACGUUCCGGGCUGCACCCCCACCGCCGCCCAUCCCCACCUAUGGCGCGGUUGUCUACCAGGACGGGUUCUAUGGAGCAGAAAUCUACGGGGGCUAUGCCGCCUACAGAUACGCGCAGCCUGCGGCCGCAGCAGCAGCAUACAGCGACAGUUACGGCCGAGUGUACGCAGCCGCAGACCCCUACCACCACACCAUCGGCCCCGCCGCCACGUACAGCAUCGGCACCAUGGCUAGUCUAUACCGAGGAGGGUACAGCCGCUUCACUCCCUACUAGCAAGACAGACCCAGCCCCUCACAGCACUAACACUGACCGCUCACUAGAAACCAAACCAGGCAGACUAAGCAGAGGCAGAGCCUCCCGGAGGAACCGAGCCCUGCCUGCGGGCUCUGCCCCGCGAUAGGUUCACCUCGAGCCACUCCGCCGCAGCCUCCAUCCCACCCAGCCCGGGCGUAGCGCUGCUGGGGGGCGGCUGGGAGUGGAACUAUGGGACUGUGGGUGCUGCCCUGCUCGGGGCGAGGGCUUGGCCCCAUAGGUGAGGCAGGGGUGGGGGUGGGGGGCUGUGUUGGGGCCGGCGGCUCCCACGAAAGCUCUGCCUUUCUGUUUUCUG